UGGAGAAAAGGAGAGAAAGGAAAGCGCGAGGAGACGCCGCCACCGCCGCCAGCGCAGCUGUGCCAGAGCCGCGAGGAGACCGGCCGCCCGACUUCCCCCCCACCCCUCGCCGGCCGCCGCGUCCUCGGAUUUGUUCCAACAAUCUGUUAAAACAUGGUGGAUUACUAUGAAGUUCUGGGCGUGCAGAGACAUGCCUCACCUGAGGACAUUAAAAAGGCGUAUCGGAAACAGGCACUUAAAUGGCAUCCGGACAAAAAUCCUGAAAAUAAAGAAGAAGCAGAGCGGAAAUUCAAACAAGUAGCUGAGGCAUAUGAGGUGUUAUCAGAUGCAAAAAAGCGGGACAUCUAUGACAAAUACGGCAAAGAAGGAUUAAAUGGUGGAGGAGGAGGUGGAAGUCAUUUCGACAGUCCGUUUGAGUUUGGCUUCACAUUCCGGAAUCCAGAUGAUGUCUUCAGAGAAUUUUUUGGUGGAAGGGACCCAUUUUCAUUUGACUUCUUUGAAGACCCAUUUGAUGACUUUUUUGGGAGCCGAAGGGCUUCCCGAGGAAAUAGAAGCCGAGGUACAGGCUCGUUUUUCUCUGCCUUCAGUGGAUUUCCUUCUUUUGGAGGUGGAUUUCCUGCUUUUGACACAGGAUUCAGUUCGUUCGGGUCACUAGGACACGGGGGUCUCACUUCAUUCUCUACAGCAUCAUUUGGUGGCAGCGGAAUGGGCAACUUCAAAUCAAUAUCAACUUCUACCAAGAUAGUUAAUGGCAAAAAAAUCACUACAAAGAGAAUUGUGGAGAAUGGUCAAGAAAGAGUAGAAGUUGAAGAAGACGGGCAGUUAAAGUCCUUGACAAUAAAUGGUGUGGCCGACGAGAACGCCUUUGCAGAAGAAUGCCAGCGGAGAGGCCAGCAGAUACCAGCUCUGGCCCCUGGCCCGGCCCCAGCAACAGUCCGGGCCCUCUCCCCAGCCCGGCCCCCGGCCCCAGCUCCAGCCCCGACUCCGGCCCCUUCUAUCAGCACCCGCACACAGAAGCCACCCAGGCCUGCCCCGACGGCCAAACUUGUGUCUAAAAGCAACUGGGAAGAUGAAGAACAGGACAGGCAGCGGGUUCCUGGCAACUGGGAUGCCCCCAUGACCUCAGCAGGUGUGCAGAAGGGAGCUGGUGUGGAGCACCCCCAAAGUGGUUUACCCCCAGACCCAGGACAGCGAAAACAGCAAGCAGGCCUAUGUUGCUGCAUUCUGACCUGAGCAGGCUUGGGGAGCUGGGGGAAGGUGCCAGGCCUGCUGAGCAGGGGCAGAGGAGAUCCCUGCACCCAGCUCACCUCCCACAGCUGCUCUAUGGACAGCCUAGCUCCGUGGUUCAAAGCCAACCCCAUGAUUAAAACGGGGGUCCCAGUAUUCUGAUGUGUAUGGAGUAUGUUGUCUGGGUUUAGUUGACUGCUGAGGAAAUGCCCGGUGCUGCUUCUGUCCCCAGUGGCUCCUUUUUAUAAUUUUGAUACUAGAUCUUGAGAUUUGUCACUUAACCUGAUUUGCCCAAGGCCACUUGCACACUUAUGUUAGCUUCAUUUUGCAGAAAAAAAGAUACAGCCAGGUUCCCAGUAGAGUGCUCUCAGGUGAGCCACUGGUGAAGGUGGAGGCCUGGCUGCUCCCUCAGUGCUCAUGAUGGGAUCGUCCACUGCCACUGCCCAGCUCUACCCUCAGCCAGCUGCUUGUACAUCUUCAGGAGCGUUUCCUGUAGAACAUUCUGGAUGGUCAGCACGUACACAUAGAGCUUUCCCAGUAAGGCCCAAGCCCCCUAUCAGUGUAGUUUUAUUGCCCAGAAGUGAGACAAGCUUGUGCCUGGCUGCACAAACUCAGCAGGCCAGACUGCAGAGAUGUGGCUUGGUUGUCCAUGUCUGAUUGUGUCGCAAAGUGCUCCAAGUUGGACACAGGGAACGGUCAAUUCUUUUGCUUCCCAGAACUUUGUAUUAAAGUCAAGCCCCCAAAUCCCUUUAGGUUCUCAGAGGAGAAUGCAGAGAGCCCUCUAGGGUAGAGUCCCCAAUGGGUAAGGCAUUGCUGGAACUGGGCAGCAAGCAUAUAGUUACCCUGCUGUGGGGAGAUGCCAGCAAAAACAGAUGGGUGACUGGGACAAGAGCUUUGUGCAACUGAGUGACAGAUGGGCAGGGCUACCUGACUGCAUAGGAAGCUUUCGUGUGCCUCGGUGGCUAUGGACACCUCCCAGUGUCUACUCCCAGUGCUCCCAGGAGAACUGGGAAGGGUGGGGGGGGUCAAAGCAGCAGACUUGUAGAUUUUACCCCCUCACUUCCCCAAUCCCCUUCAUGUUCAUUUGUGAAGGCAUCAUAAGGCUGACCCGUGAGUUAAUCUCCUGGUUUCUAGAAGGUGCAUAGGGACAGGCCUGCCUGCAGAACUUAUUUACAGGUGCGCAGGCCUCCCACCACGGGAUCUGGACAGGAAGUGUGACUACAGCAGAUGGCCAUUCUCUUGGCCCUGGGCCACGUCUGUUAAGCAAAAAGUGAUCAGCCAAGGCCGAAGAAUCUGGAGACAGUAGAGUUGAGUAAUAAGAACAGCAAAUCACUCUCCCCUUGUUGCUUGGUCAGUACUGAUCCAGACCUCUUCUGUGUAUGUGUGUGAACUGAGAGUCUGGAAAAGCUGUGAAUGAGGUGAUCGUCUUGUAUCCCCGAGUCUGGAGUCAGAAGUACCUGCCAGCAUAUGGCUCUGGGUGCAGCUGGUGCUUCCUCUUCUCUGUACCUUUGCUCCCUGUGUUUUUAAGGAACCAUGCUUUUUUUUUUUGUUUGUUUUUUCUUUUUUUCUUUCUUUAUUUCUUCUUCUCUCUAAGGAACCAUGCUUUCAUAUAGAAAAGUGUGAGCAGUCCUUCACGUACCUUCUGUAGGGAAGUGUGAGCAGUCC